AUGACGUCCACCGACCCAUCCUCCGCCAACAAACGAAGCAAACCCAUGAGCGCUACCAAUAUGGACCUAAAACCCGCACCCAUGUCUAAGAUCACUCAGAGUACCGAGCUGGAUGAUUAUACUCAGAGCAUGCGUGCUUACCUCGCCAGUGUUGAAACAACUCAUCGCACAUUGGAUCAUCACCGUGGGAGGCCCACUACCAACCGCCCCAGCAGAGAUGUCAGAGACAAGUCGCCCGAAUUCAGAUGGAUGGACCUCGCCUCUCUCCGGAGAGAAUACUCGAAUUCUAGCCCGGCAUCCUCAGCCGGGGUCUCGAAAUUAAAAUCCUCUUCCGUCUCGUUGGUGGGCAGCAAAGUCAAUGAUCAUCGGAAUGACGUCCCACGUCACCUCGGAAAAGAUCAUCGUUAUCCUGUGCAGUUGCAUCCGGCCAGUAAUUGCUCCAAACCAACUUCUGCCCCGUCAAUAACGAAGCACAAAUCUAGCGGUUCAGCCCAGAAAGACUGA